UCUGGGAGACGGACAGAGCAACAUCUGGAUAUUUAAAUCUCACUCGCACCACAAAGAGACACAUCACGCUCUGGACAGGAUCCGACCUCCCUCCAUCAUGACGAACCUCACUCAGCUUCUCUCAGUUUCCACUCAGGGAGAUUCAAACCCAGAGAGCGACAGCGUCGUGAGCAACGACUUCUCCACGUCCUUCGGCGCCGUCAUCCUCGGCCUGGUCUGCCUCGUGGGCGUCCCAGGGAACUUCUUCAUCGUCUGGAGCAUCCUGGCACGCGUCCGUCGACGCUCAGUCACCACCAUCCUCAUCCUCAACCUGGCGUGUGCCGACGGCUUCCUCAUGAUCCUCACCAUCUUCUUCAUCGCCUACCUGGCCAAGCAGACCUGGGUCUUUGGCAACGGCCUGUGCAAGGCCCUGUUCUACCUGUGCAACUCCAACAUGUACGCGUCCAUCUUCCUGAUCACACUGAUGAGCGUGCACAGGAUGGUGGCCGUGGUGUUUCCCAUGAAACUGCCCAUCGUAGCCAGCAGGAAGAUUGUGAGGAGGGUGAUCAUGGUCAUGUGGGCGCUGGUGCUGCUCAUCGCGAUUCCCUCACUGGUGUUUCGGGACGUGAGAACAGACUAUGACGAAUGGAAUAAAGCCAGAAUUGUGUGUGCGCCCAAUCACACCCUCCCUCAACAUGUGCGUUUCCAGUACGCCUUCGAGACCGUGUCGGGAUUCAUUCUUCCUUACGCAAUCAUCAUAACCUGCUAUGUGCUCAUCCUGCGGCGCCUGAGGCAGACCACGUUCCGGAGGAAGAUCCGCAGCGAGAAGCUCAUCCUGGCCAUCGUGGUGAUGUUCGGCGCCUUCUGGCUGCCGUACCACGUCAUCAACAUGAUGCAGGUUGCAUCUAUGUGGUACCCAGACAAUUCACACACGAGAGAAUUACUGGAGCACAUCACCAAGGCGAGUCGGGCCAUCACCUCAGCGCUGGCCUUCAUCAGCAGCUGUGCCAACCCCAUCCUCUACACCUUCGCUGGGAAGUCCUACAUCAAGAAGAACGGCUUCACCUUCAUGGCGAAGCUCUUCGAGAAAGCGACAUCGGACCAGUCGGGAACCAAGUCCACUGCGGUCGGGGACAAAGACGCUGGUUAUCAACCAGCUUCCAAGUGAACCAGUGUUAUGGAUUUGUAGAUAGAAUGUGUUGACACUUUAAGUUUGACUGAAACAAUCCUGUUUAACUGACCUGUAAAUAGUUUAUUUUUUUACAUUUGUAUCGUGUAGUUUUACAUUUUGUGGCAGUUAGAGAAUAUAAUUUUUUAUAUUAUAGCUAGAACAUGAGAAAAUGCAAUGUGAGAAAAACACUAACUGAAAUUAUUUGAGAACCUUUCUUUGACUCACUCUAUUUACCAUUUGCAGUUUAUACAUUUAUAUAUUUCACAAAGGUUUAUCAGAAACUAGAUUUUACCAAAAUUGUACUAUUAAAUUUGUUACUGCGUUCUGCACCACCCUGCACAUCACAGCA